AUGCCUAUCAGUGAAAUAACAAAGACGAAGCGAUUACGGUCCGGUCAGAGACGUUCGGCUACAUUGUUAGCUACGAAAGUAAAGGAAAAAUUUUCCGACGAAUCCUUAUAUCGAAGAAUCAGACGAGCGUAGAGCUGAGCUACAGAAAAUAGUUUUUGAUAUUGACGAUCGACUGAAUUUAAUGCUACAAUCAUCGCAAGCGGCUGCGUCUCAGACAAACACAAUGUCCGGAAAUAGUGAGCAGACCAAAGCAAAGCAUGUCGUGCGUGCCAAAUUGCCAAAGCUACAAGCCAAAACGUUUGAUGGAAAUUCCAAAAGUGGCAAGAGUUUUGGGAAUCUUUCGAAAGCGCGAUUCAUCAGAACGAGUGUUUGUCACAUGUGGACAAAUUUACAUAUCUAAGAAGCCUUCUUCUUGGACCGGCGAAAUCGAGUAUUGCGGGGUUCGCACUUACUGCGACGAACUACAAGGAAGCACUCGAGUUGUUAAGAAACAGGUACGGGAAAAAGAACGUAAUCCAGAGAGCUCUCAUUCAAGAACUGCUAAAACUAAAACCCGUGUACAACAAUAGAGACCUUGAUGGCCUUCGGAAGUUAUAUGACACCUGUGAAACGAACUACCGUGCGCUAGAGGCGCAAGGAGUAAACGUCAGCACGUAUUCGAGAAUUGUUGUGCCUACGAUAAUGGAGAAAUUACCUGAAAUGUUUCGUUUAACAAUUACGAGGGAAAGGGAGUUCUUAGAGUGGUCUAUGAAAGAACUUUUGGAGGCGAUGACGAAGGAAAUUGAGCUGAGAGAAGCCCACCAUGCGGUGAUAACUACGUCAGAAGGCCAGGAACGGAAAUCUGAGGGAGGAAAGCCGUAUACGAAGAAAAGACUGUAUGGUAAUAGUUCCGCCGCUGCAUUACUGGCUCGACAACAACAAGAUUCUGCGAAGUUUAUAUCAAGAUGUGCCUACUGUUUACAAGAACAUGAUCCCAACAAUUGCACUAAGGUCAAAGGUAUUAUAGAACGUAAACAACUUAUUCGUAAAUAUGGUAGAUGUUUCAUUUGUUUAAAAAAGGGACAUAUAAGUAAAAACUGUUUAAGUAAAAGUAAUUGUAGUGCAUGUGGUGAAUGACAUCAUAAUUCUAUCUGUGAAAGUAGUUUAAAGGACACUCAUGCUAGUCCCAAUCUCCAUGUAGGUUCUGAAGGUAGUGUUGCUUUGCAGACAGCACAGGCAGUAGUCAAGGGUCCAGGUGGUGGUGUUAGAACUAGGGUACUAUUUGACUCAGGUAACCAUAGAUCAUUUGUCACUGUCAAGGCAGCUAGGAUUCCUGUCAAGAGAAGGGAGUGGUUAAAGAUUUGUACUUUUGGGCAGGAGAAGGCAGAAGGGAAAUUACGCGAUGUUUUUGAGUUAGAGGUGCAUCCUGUCAAUGGAGGGGAGAGUGUAAAGACGGAAGCUUAUGGAGUAGAGAAUAUAUCCCAG